AUGUAUUAUACUUCAACUCUUUUAUCUGUAUUAGAAGUAGUUUUAUUAAUGUUGCCUGCUUUAUUAGCAGUAGCUUAUGUAACUGUUGCCGAAAGAAAAACUAUGGCAAGUAUGCAAAGAAGAUUAGGACCAAAUGCUGUAGGAUAUUAUGGAUUAUUACAAGCUUUUGCUGAUGCUUUAAAAUUAAUUUUAAAAGAAUAUGUUGCACCUACACAAGCUAAUACUAUAUUAUUCUUCUUAGGUCCUGUAAUUACUUUAGCUUUCGCCUUAUUAGGUUAUGGAGUAGUACCAUAUGGACCAGGUUUAACUUUAAAUGACUUAGAAUUAGGUAUAUUUUAUAUGUUAGCUGUUUCAUCUUUAGGAACUUACGGUAUUUUAUUAGCUGGAUGAAGUGCGAAUAGUAAAUAUGCUUUUUUAGGUUCUCUUAGAAGUACAGCUCAAUUAAUUAGCUAUGAAUUAGUUUUAAGUUCAGCUAUACUUUUAAUCAUCAUGAUUACUAGUAGUCUUAAUUUAAAUAUUAACAUACAAGCUCAAAAAGCAGUAUGACUUAUAUUACCUAUAUUCCCUAUUUUCUUAAUAUUCUUUAUAGGUUCUGUAGCAGAAACUAAUAGAGCUCCAUUUGAUUUAGCUGAGGCUGAAUCUGAAUUAGUUAGUGGGUUUAUGACAGAACACGCUGCGGUUGUAUUUGUUUUCUUCUUCUUAGCUGAAUAUGGUAGUAUCUUAUUAAUGUGUAUAUUAACAAGUAUACUAUUUUUAGGUGGUUAUUUAGCAGGAUUUAAUCUAUUAUACUGAUUUAACUUAAUAAAUAAUUUAGGUGCUUAUGUAUUUGAUAUAGAUUGAGUGUUAUCUGCUGAAUAUAAUAAUAUGAAAAAUUUUGUAAGUGCUUUUGCUGAAAGUGGUUUAUUUUCUAGUCUUAUUUUAGGUGCAAAAAGUUCUCUUUUAGUUUUCAUUUUUAUAUGAGUUAGAGCUUCAUUCCCUAGAAUACGUUUUGACCAAUUAAUGUCAUUCUGUUGAACAGUAUUACUACCUUUAUUAUUUGCUUUCAUUAUAUUAUUACCUUGUACUUUAUAUGCACUUGAUAUCUUUGUAAUAAAUAUUACAAUAUAA